UCCCUCAAGAUGCGUUCCUUCAAUUCUGCUGGCUGGCUGGCACUGUUAGCAUUAAUUUCCAUCGUAUCAUCCUACCCCCGAUUGCCACUGAGAACUGGUGUAGAUACAAGGGAAUCAUUCGAUGAAUAUAUCACACAAGUCAAGGACAAAGAUAUCUUAGACAAACGCUUGAUAUCCAGCACAUGCAAAGGAUUGAACAUAAGCCUUUCACAGAUAGCUACUCAGGCCAACAAACUCUGCGACGCGGCCAUCUCCUCCAUCAAGUCCAAGGACGACACCGAAGUCAAGCGCUUUGUCCAUUUCUUCGGCCCUUUGAACGACAACGACAAUGCUCGGGAUCUUAUCAGCUAUCGCUACAACCUGAUCAAAGAGACGCUCUUCAGCUUGACACUUAACCUCGUCUGUCUUCCCACACAAAUCAAAGAUGGCCGCCCAGGAGUCAUAGCAGACGUCGAGUCAGCAGGACAAGGAUCUCAAGCAACAGUACGUCUGUUCAAAGGAUGGUUCGAUCUUCCUGAUACUGAUACGUGUGGACCUGGGCUCUCAAAGGCGAGUGUCCUUGUCCAUGAGUCCUCUCAUGUUUUUGGGGCUACUGAUAGAGGUCCUGAUCAGGCUAACGAUGCGUAUCAGUACGGAGACUUCUCUGCUUCUGCGUUUGGAAAAUGUACAUUCUAAAGUGCUGGGAUGUUGUGAUUUCCACAGACUUAGAAAUCAAUAUAUAAUAUACUUCCAUCUAGCAGCAAAACGAUCAAAUGCGCGUGAGUCUGAAGGUUGUCAAACCUGAUCCUCGAACUCCACAUUCCAGAUAAGCCACAAAAUCCACACCUGACAUCUUUCUACAUGUUGAGCUUGACUCUCGGACUCCUCGAGGUCAAGUGUAAGGACGCAAAACAACAUGGCAGUAUAGGAAGACGACAAGAGAGCUGUCAAGAUCCGCUAUCUUCUAGGUCGGCUGAUUGUGGUGACAUGCUUCUCUUCGAAGUUCUGGAAGGGCAGCUGGACUGUUGAAAGCACACUAGUGCUGCCCAGAGAUGCAGCCUGCCGACUCUCAAAUUCGACAGAUCGAUUUGCUAUCUUAUCUUCAGGCACUCACUCACAGCAUUUUGUAGCGGGCAAGUCGGGCAAGCCGUUGAACUUCUAGGCUUGGGACACUGCUUUGGGAAGGUCCCUCUGCAGACGGGAGCGCUGGAAUGCUGUGCAGCCCGCGGAGGCGUAUUCGCUGCACACUGUGCAGAUGUCUUGAGGGGUUACACAAGAGUUAAGGAUUUGUUAAGAAGUGAGGGCUUGAGGUACAGCUUUAUCCGGAAGAUCUUGAGUCUUGACAUGCG